AUGGCCGGCCCCCUUCGCAACAAGCAAGGCUGUUGGACAUGUCGCCUUCGCAAGAAGAAGUGCGAUGAAUGCCGUCCUCAAUGUUCGAACUGUCAAAAUCUAUUAAUCACUUGCUAUGGUUUUGGCCCCAAGCCGGAUUGGAUGGACAAUGGCGAGAAGGAAAAGGCUGUCGCGAAUAGUCUCAAGCAAAUAGUGAAACAUACCUCGAGACGCAAAGCGGUUGUUCGGCCUCCAGAGCAACGAGGAUCGCCGGUCCGGAUUGAGCCCAAGACUUUGGGUGUUGCCGUCGGCGCUGUGCCGGUUUCGGAUCCUAUUUCGUUGAAAGAGCAUGGGGAUAGCAUACGGGAUACGUCUACUAUACCCGGCUCUUCCGAACGCAAGGACGAUAACGGAUAUACGGCUCUGGACCUCAUCUCGACUGAUGACUCUACUCUACUGACGCAUUACAUAGAUCACGUACUCCCACUACAGUAUCCAAUGUACCAACCAGGAGUCGCAGUACCUGGACGAGGCUGGCUACUUGACCUCCUACUAAGAUCUAAGCCCCUUUAUCAUGCUGUCAUUGCUUUAGCUGCCUGCCACCACCGAAUUUUUACGCUGGCAGAGCCUAGUCGGGCCAACGCCUUGAUUCAACAGGAAGAAAAUGUUCAGGUUUGUCUAGAAUUAUUGAACCAAGCAGCACAAAACGAUUGCAGAAAAAAUGGGCUUGGAAUGUUGGCUGCAGUCACUCAAAUCAUGUUUUUCGAACUAUUCAAUCACCAAGGCUGCGCAUGGCAGGCGCAUCUUAGCACAGCUAUCAACAUGUACCGGCGCGGCCACAGCAACGCUUUCGCACAGCUUGGUUUGAAUGAGGAGACAAGGUGGAUACUAUCCGCAGAUCUGCCUUUGUCCGAGGGUAGUGCUGCAAUUUCACGAGAGGCCGCAGGCUUCAGAUUCUUUAGUGGCACUUUAGUCUGGCUUGAUAUCGUCUCUUCGAUCACAGCGGGAAGAACACCACUUUUACUAUCACACCAUGCCCGAAUACUUGGUGCCGGAUCGCAGACUCAGCUUCGGGAUAUUAUGGGCUGUGAAAACUGGGUAUUAUUCCAGAUUGCCCAAAUCUGUAGGCUCCAUGAAGACAAAAAUCGGGCGAUACAAAAAGGCCAGGUUGAUCGCACUCACUUCGAGGAAGCUGCUACCGGGAUCAAAUUGGGGAUCCAGUUCAGUAUUUCCCAUAUAUCGGACGCCAACUCUCCUCGAGGUGUAGCCAUGCACGAAGACCCUCGCAUACUUAUCACGCGGAUGUUUGCCCACAUGGCGGCCGUCUAUCUGCAUCUAGUCACGUACGGUUUUGAAAAGCUAGAUUAUGUGAGUACUGCCUUCCAGGAUGCUCUGGCAAUCCUUAAAACUCAAAGAUCAAGCCGGCUCCUUCUGGUGUUGACAACACCGCUCUUCAUUUUGGGGAGUAUUGUGAAGCCUGGAGAUCAGCAGUUCUUCCGAGACAUUUUAUCCUCGCCGCCGCUGCUGGACCCGUUCCUUCAACAUCGAAUGAGAAUAUUGCCCAUCCUAGAAGAGAUUUGGGCAAGGCAGAAUACGCCUGGGUUUACAUGGAACCACUGUGUUGAGAUCGCGCAGGACAUAUUACUGGUGUGA